CAGCCCCGGCUCCCGGCAGCACCAUGAAGUCAGGGGCCAUCGUCCUCCUCCUGGGGCUCCUGGCCGUCUGGGCCCAGCUGCCGCCUGCGGCUGCUCAAGUGCGACCUGGAGCCUGCCCCAACAUCCGAGGCCCAGGGAUCUGUGUGGAGAGAUGCCGGGGGGACGAUUCCUGUCCUCCAGGACGAAAGUGCUGCAGCAAUGGGUGUGGCCACGUCUGCAUUACACCAAUAACCCGACCGCGAGGGAGACCCGGCGUUUGUCCAAGGCCAGCUGGCGGCAGCAUUUGUGUGGAAUUGUGCAGUUCUGAUGCGCAGUGCCGCAGGAGGCAGAAGUGCUGCAGCAACGGAUGUGGCCACGUCUGCACGACAGUAAUGUGAGGGCUUGUGUUCCCUCCCUAGGCCUGUGAGUGCUGGUGCCCUGGGAUCCACCUGCUACAAGGGCUGGGGAAGAUGCUCCUUGGCCCAGUCGCUCUUCCAUUCUGGUAGCUUACUCUCCCAAGCACCCCCUGCCCGCCAUUAACUGUUUCGGGGGUGCCCUCCUGAGGGACUGCUUUGUGUCCUGAAUUUGGGGCCCCUGGCCAGGGAGCCAGGGGCUGUUCCUGCAGCCUUGGGGUGUGUUCCUCUCUGGCCAGCUCAGGCCACUGUGUUUUGCAAAGAACCUUUUCUCUCUUAAUAAACGUGUGAUUCAUUAACCCA